CUGAAGACUUUAACAGGAAAAGAGGUAAGAUUAACAUUUGUUCAUGUGAAUGUCAGAUUGUCCAUAUCUGUGACUUAAACGCCUGAUAAAAAGUGCAUUUUUUUUGAGAGGGGAUAUAAGAAAAUAGACAUUAUAAUCCUUACUCAUUGCCAUACUCCUUCAGUUAAAUGAAUAUUAGGUUCAGAUCACCUAAGUUUCUUUGAAAUCAAAUUUUCAUUAUUGUUACCUACAACACCUACAACACCCCUUGCAUGGUAAAAACAUGACAGGUCUCAGUGCAGAAAAAAUGAGUUUCCUUUGUUCUACAGCAUAAUUGUCCAGCCACUAACAAAUUUUUCGACUUAUGGCUUUUACAGACAACUUCUCUCAUUACUUUAGGUUCACAUUUUUUAAAAACCAUAAACAAUGAAAUUAUUUAUUUCAAUUACCAGAUUGAGAUUGACAUUGAGCCUACAGACAAGGUGAAUAUUAAAGUACAGCUAGUAGCCUCAGGCACAGGGUUUUUAUAAAUAAGAGAACUAAAUAUUAACGAACAACCCUAAUACCAAAGGUCCUCUGAUAUACAAGUGUAAUACUUUUAUUGAAAUUUAUGUACUUCAGUAGCAAGUAUCUGGUGAUAAAACAUUAGCAAUAGCAAACUAAGAUUUGGUCUACCUAGAUAAAGAAGAAUACAGUCUACUUCAAAUAAAUAAUUUGCAAUGUGUUUAUUAUUGGAAGGUAUAAACAACCAUCCCAUGUCUCUUCAGUGACACUGUGCUUUUGCAUUUAUUAUAUUUAUCCAGUUGGAGAUCUCCUUGUUAUGUCACAGUGUACUUGUGAAUUAUUUAUUCUCAAUAAAUGAACAUAAGAAUAAGUCCUGUCUGAACUUAUAUUGGGAAGGCAGAGAGAAGCAGUUGUCCAAAAUUCUAAACUCCCAUACUUUACUUUUGUUGUUAAGGUUGAAAGAAUAAAAGAGAGAGUUGAAGAAAAGGAAGGAAUCCCUCCUCCACAGCAAAGGUAAGAUUUGCUAUCCAUGAUGGUUCACUAGUUUUGUGUAACUGUAAAAACCUGAAAUGCAAACACUCAAAAUUGUGCCUGUCAUUACAACACAACUUUUCAUGAUAAAAGUCUUAGAAUAACUUCAUUCACACAUUUAAUAACUAGGACUGGUAUAAGUUCAUCCUUUGAUAGUCUAGAGCCACUUACUCUUGCUUUAAAAUUUCAAGUAACCUCUUGCUGACCAUACUUUUGAUCUGGCCCCAGUUAUUUGGAGGGUAAAUGACACUAUCCACUGGAUACAUCUCUAUCUGUUGGAUGGGUUUUUUUUUAACACUUAUCCACUGGGUAGCAAUUUAUCCAUUUGAUAGCAUUAUCUGCCCUUUCAAACACUGGACCCAGCCAUUAGAGGAUAUGUCUAAAUGACUGUUAUACAUGGUGAAGUACUGAUGAAAAAAUGUAUUAAAAAUAAAUGAAAUUCUAUUGGUUUUGUGAGUGGCAAUCAGCCUAGACCUUUACACCUUUUCUAGAUUUUACAAGGAACUCUGCCAAAAUUUAUUGAGAGGUAGUGGGAAUUUAUGAAGUUGCUUCACUCUGCAUUACAAGAUCUGGGUUUGACUUAUAGCCCCCCUCAAUAUGUUUUGCUCUUAAACUGAGCCAUUUUGCACUCACAGUGUCUCUCUACCAAAGGCCAUAAAUGGGAUAUCUCAAUCUGCCUUGGGGUAUGGGGUAAUCUUCAGUGGACUAAUGUUCAAUCCAGGGGUAAUAGAAAUACUUUUAGGAGCUUUGUGGGAAUAGAGAGUAAUUGAAAUGCAUUAGUAGGGAGGCUAGUGGGCUUGUGACACUUAUAUUCAUUUGUUGUAUUGUUUCAAUACAAGAUCUUCUUUAAGGUUACUGAACAAUAAGGUGUCUUUCAGAAAAAUUGUCUUUCAUGCACUAUCUUAAAGAAAACCAUGGAAAACUAUAAAUCACUGUUAAGCUUAAAAAGUUUGGAUUUUAAAAAUAAUUUUAAAAAAUUUAACAGUUUUUGUUUUGGUAGGGACAUGCAAGUCUUUAAACACAAAAUUGACUGAAUUUUCUUAAUUACUAGCCUCUGCAUUUCAAUGGACAUCCAAUCAAACUGGACUGUGUCACUCGGGAGAUAAUAGGCUAACACUGUCAGUGUGUGAUAUUUGUCACACUUGAAAUACUUUUUUCACUUAUUGUAGACCACAGAAAGACACAAAUAGGUCAGAUCAUCUCCCCUCAAAAGCCAAGGAGAUAUUUGCUUCAUUGUUACUAGGUUUUUCUUCCUAUUCAUAGCUACAUGGCCUCUGGUUAUACUAACCUUGUCAUUUUGUUUCUUCCAGGUUAAUAUUUAGUGGAAAGCAAAUGUAAGUACCCAGAUACACAUGCAGAACCAUCAUUGCUUAUAAUUAAUUCUGAUAAUACAAUGGUAUUAUUUUUGCAUUGUUGUGUCUAUAUGCCCACUUUCAGAUUACCAUAAUUGUACAUUUUAAAUGCAAAAUAGUUUAUUUCACAGAAUUAUUUGACUUACUAUUGAAGGUGAUAACACUAUUUAGAAGCUAAGGCUUUUACAUCAGUAAUUUAAGCAGCCUAGUGAAAUCAGAUCUGGAGAUUUGAGUGAUUCCUAAAAAUGUCCUUGUUUUGUUAAAGACCAGGGUCUGUUAUUUUUUAUUUGAUUUUUUUUAUUUCACACUCUCAGCUAACAUUUAUGAAUGGGAACCAAUUACCACUUAUCUUUCUGUAGGUUUUAUCAAACACAAAUUUUUCAGUCAAUACAACUGCCCCAAACCUGAAGGCAAUGGUCCAUACACUAGUGCAUACUACAAACCUACAUGCUCACAUAGUUACUUGUUGUAUUCAUCUUUGCUUCCAUCACAUGUCAAUAAUUCUAUUCCUUUUUCUUAGUUUCUUAGACUUCAUUGUUUAUGUAGUGACAACUCUGAUUUUUCCAACAAAUCAGAGGUAAUGCGCCAGUUUUUGGAAAAAUGUGGCUAUCCUGUUUCUGCCAUCCAAGUGGGCCACUACCCUGCCCAACAAAUUGAUUAACAGUCAGCAUUACAAACAUCACAAAAGGAAAAUACUGAUUGUAUUCCAUUCAUUCUGAGAUUUCACUCUCAUAACCAUGCAUUUAAAUCUAUCAUCCUUAAAAACUUUAAAUUACUCUGAAAUGAUUCAGACACUGGAACUAUCUUCUCACAACCUCCACUAAUCUCAAUCAAAUGUGACAAAAACAUAGACAACAUUUUGGUCAGGAGUUCAUUACAAACUAAUGACCAACCUGGAACUUUCACCUGUGCUCUCCCACAGUGUAAAACUUGUCCUUUGGUUCAUUAUGUCAAGAAAAUACUGGGACUCAAAUGAUCCAUUAGGAUUAAUGAUUGCUUCACAUGCACCUCUGCCAAUGUCAUGUUUUGCAUGACUUGUAAAAGAUAUACCUUGGUAAAACAGGAAGACAUCUUAGUGACUAUUCUGAGAACAUCUUUGGGAUGUAUAGAAGAAUGACAAUGAUGCUUCCAAACCAGUCUCUAAAAACUUUAAUUCCUCUAAUCAUUCCAAGCAGCAUAUGUCAGUCUGUGGCCUUCCCCUACAUCUAAGGGGUUCAGAAAGCCACAAAACUCUAGAACAAAAAUUUAUCUUUCAAAUCAGUGCUCUUAAUCCCCUUUGUAUCAAUGUACACUUUUCAUUCAGCUAGUUUAUUCAUGUUUUUCUUGUUACCAUGUUCCCACUAAUAGCCUUAGCUCUAUUUUCUGCAUAUAAACACACACAACCCACAAUUACUCUAUUUGCUCUGACGAGGGGCUAAUGCUUGAAAUAUCAGCCUAGAAACUCUUUAUGGUGGCCAAUUUACUUUAUCAACUUAGUUGAUUAAACCAUAUUAACAUUUAUAAACCUUUUUGUGAAGGAAUGAUGACAAAACUGCAGCAGAUUACAAGAUCCAGGGUGGAUCUGUUCUUCAUCUUGUACUGGCCUUAAGAGGAGGGCUGUUGUAA